UUGAUUUUGGAGAGCGGCGGCGUGGAAAAUGACUAGUCAAGAGAUACGCAUAAGUUUGCCUGGAAUGACAAAAGUACCAUUAAUAGAUAGAAAAGAAGAUAUUUACUCUAUUCUUCAAACUUAUUUCCACCAGUUUUCUCCAGUUGGGAAAAACUUUAACAUACGCCCUUCAGCUUCCUUUUCUCCACAUAUUUUUGGAGCUGGCAAAAGCUUUGUAGGUCAAAAUUUUUUAGAGUUUUUAAAAAAAUUCGCCGAAGAAGAAAAAGAGCAGAAGGAGACGGAGAUUUUCAACAAGAGCUCGUCGGGAAAAAUUGAAGCGAAGAUUUUUUCUUGGAAACACUUUGCGGAAAACACUUUGUCAGUUGUCUUAGAACUAGAAGAGAGCUUUUCUCAUGCUCCUUUUCCAAGGUUUCGAAAGGCUUUGAUGAAUAACAUAAUUUUGAACGCUUACCGACAAAAUGGUAAAGAUAGGGACGCCCUUCAGAUAGCUGAAAGGACAAUAAAAAAACCUGACAUCGUAAGAGCUAUUCAGUAUCUUCUCGAACAAUUUCAGAAACAAUAUUUAUUUUUGAUGAUAGACGAACUUAGCCACCUGAGUGACCUCACCAAAUACUAUAGUGAACUCAACAAGAAACAGUUCAUCGAGUCUGACCCAAAAUAUGUACCUUUCCGGAAGUUCUUCCGCAUUUUACGUGAAUUGUUGAUUACAGGAAAGGUAAUCGUCUAUUUGGCAGGUCGAACCGAUGAAAUCUCAGCCCCCCGGACUGAUGCUCGCUCCAGUAGUGUGAGUCUCCAUAUGUUGCGGUUGAAUCCCUUUAACAUCAAUGAUAUUAACGAAUAUAUUGAGCUGGCAACUUAUAAUGGAAAGUCCUUGAAGGACUGGUUAUUGCCCUCAGAUGAUUUACGAUAUCGAUUCGUAGAAUUGUUGAAAAAGAAGACAGGAGGUAUGCCGUUGAUUGUAAGGAACACUUUAUUAACACUAAUAGAGAAAGUGCAAAACGAAGCCCAACCUGUUAUCAACAAUGAAAAUAUGGAACCCUUAUUAGAUAGUGUCUUUAAAGAUAUACUAAAAGAGUCAACAACCUUUAUUAUUCCAGAGAUACAAGAUUCCGCAACCCUUCUUCGAUAUCAAUUUGUCCUUUUGAAUUAUCAGCUCGGAACAGUUUUUCCAAUUGACUUUGUAAUUACUUUAUGUGGAACGAGAAGUUAUUUGAUGGACUUGGUUGCAACUUUUGGGUUUUACUCUGAAAGUUGUGAAACUGACGGGAUUGAUUUGGGCACCGAAUUCAAGAUUGGUUGUUGUGAAUUUAUAUUGAGAGCUCAUAGCAAAGAUAACUUUUUCCUUGAGGCUACUGAACUCUUUCCUUUAUCUCCGUUUAGUUAUAUUCCCGACACUUCAACAGCAAAAGGAGUCUUCUUUGAAUUUGUAUUUAUGAAGAUCUUUCGCUUUCGCUUAUUAACUUUUCUUCAUUCUAAUUCCUCGCCUAUUGUACAUUCUGCUAUUCCAGGAAUUUUCCAGGAUUCCUUUAUUGAACAGGACAAUAUUUCUUAUUCUAUGGAAUCAACAAAAUCUAAUGAUAUACCCAUCUUGAGAAAUGUCUCUGAUUCAUUUUCUGACCAUUAUAGAAAAUUUUUACAACGUUGUGGUAUUUUUGUUCCAAAAGAUGGCAAUUCUAGUGGCGCUGAUGCAUAUGUUGUAUUCCAUAAUGGACAAACACGUUAUGUUGUUGGAUUUUCAUUCAAAUUUUAUCACAAAAGUGAAUUUUCGAAGAGAGAUAUUGAGAAGGAAGCAGAACAAUUUUUCCAAGAAGUUAUUCCCGUUUUGAAUAACGAAUCUCCUUCAUCUGUUCAACUUUGUUUUCAGUUUGUGGUAGUUUGUGCUAGUUAUGGUCGAUCUGUAGGUUUCUCUGUUGAACAACAGAACAUUGUUGAAGAUGCAAGUCGUUUUGUGACUCAACAUUCUUCGGGAUCAACUUUGAAUGAAAGUAGUCGAUCAUGUCUGCAAUUGGUAGUUGUUUCGCAAUGGAACAUUGAACGAUUUUUGGGAAGAGAAAAUUUCGAUAUUUUUAGGAAAAUUGGCAAGGCAAGCCGAGAAGAGUUCAGAAAAGACUUUUCAGUAUGGUGUAAAACUGUCUUUGAGUCGAUGUCUAAUGAAUAUGUUUCAUCUUUGGAAGCUGAGCAAUCAAAUGUUACUGUUAGAGUGGCUCGAAAUAUAAGACCGAGAACCAAUGAGGAGAAUAGGAUGCCAAUGGAAAGUUUUCAAAGUGCUAUGCAAGUGGAACGAAAGGUUGCAGCAUCGAGUUCUUUGUCUUCGUCAUUUGAUUGGAAUGCUUUCUUAAGAGAACGUUGUGGUUUUUCUGAAGAAGAAGUUGCCUAUUAUUUUAGGAAACUUUCAAGAUUCGGCAGAGUUUGGCUUUCCAGACUCGAUGAAGAUUCUUUACGUCGCAUGGGCAUCACUGAUCCCACCGUAAUAGCCAAACUGCUUAUUGGCAUUACUGAAGAGUUUUCAAACUUCAGAAUAUGAACUUAUCCAUUACAUGGAGUCUUGAUAAGACUAAAUAAAGUUUGGAGGAAGCUCUUACUAUCUAAUACUAGUUGGAUUGAUAUAAAAUGGACACUCACAAUUGUAUCCUUAUAAUAGUCUUUAUGUAUUCGAUAGAUGAUAGAAUACUUGUAAUGGAACCCUUGCAGCAACCAAACACGUUAGAUAAUAUUGUCUCGAUGUACUUUUCCUUUGAAAU